AAAAAGUUCCGAAUGUGUUACAUUUUGUUUCCGCUAUGUGUGUGUGCCUACAGUGCCAGACACAUUUUUGUUCAACAAUGGAUGACUUAUACAUUUAUUGAGAUGGCAAGCUUUUGUUUUUGUAUAUCAUUUAAGUCCAAACACAUUUCCCUAAAGCGGUAUGGAUAAUCAAAUUGAAACGGCUCUGUGCUGCCUAGAUAGCAUUUCCCAAACUUCUGUCACCAUCUCGGACUUCUCAGAUGAGAUUCUACUGAAUAUUCUGCGAUUCAUUCCUAGUCAUGACCUGAUGCUCAAAGUGAGUCAAGUUUGCCGAAAACUUCAAACUCUCUGUCUGGACAAGAGCUUGAGAGCACAUGUACACCUGCAUAAAGAGUAUACGGCAAAUGACGAUGCUGUGAAGCAGCUCUUGAAGAACCUCUCCGGUGACAUCCAGACUUUAAACCUCAGUGGCUGCUACUGGUUGGCCGGCUCUACGGUGGAUCAGGUCACCCGCUGUAAGGGUCUAGUCAGCCUGGACCUUUCCGGCUGCCGUUUGACGUCAAUUCGGCUUUCGAAUCUGCUGACCUCUCUUCGUUCUCUGUGCUCUCUGGCAUUAGAUGUGGGGCCUGGGUUCGACCUCCAGCAGCUGAGUGCAGAGGGUAAAUCAGCUUUGGCUCGCCUGCAGGAGCUCAAGCAGACAUUGUUGACUCCCUCUUAUGGGGUGGUGCCAUGCUGCAGUGCCCUACGACGCCUUCACCUGUAUCUGGAGGCCAGCGAGGGCUGGAGGGAAGCAGGCGGGUGUGCGCAGCUGAUGGUGGGCCAGAGCAGCGUCCCGCACUAUCAGAACCUGCGCUGGUUCUCCGCACGCCUCGCACCUGGGGAAGUCAAUCGUACUCUGUUGGCGCUCUACUUGGCUGUUUUCAGUAUGAGAGUGCCUGAGGGGCUUACAGGACUGGUGCUCUCUGUGCCAGGGGUCGCACCGCCAAGGCCGGUUGCAAUGACAGCGCUAAUGGAGAGCAUGGCGUCAACAGUGGGAAAUAGCGUUAGCGCUCUCCAGCUUCCACGUACGUGGUUGGAUGGUGCUAUCCUAGGGCGAGUCCUAACGCAUGGCUGCCCCGUUUACCUGAAUGUCUCGCACUGUUCAUCUCCAGGGUUUAACCCUCUACAUGUCCUGCUCAGUGCGGGUCGAGACCUCACACCCCUACGGAGUCUCAACCUGCGUGGCUGUGGCCGAGGACCUCUCGCCGAGAGCUGCGGUAAGAGCGAGGAGGAGAUGGACACGGAGAGCAUCAAAGCACUUACUGAAUGUUGCCCACAUCUUGUUCACCUUAAUUUAUCCGCCACGCACUACCACCAUGCUUUUCCCACUGGGCAAGAUGGACACUUGUGUGGCGCUUUAGGACGUCUUGCCUCCUUGCGCUCGCUGGCACUUCCGGUGUGUGCCUUGGCGCAGUCCUCUCCAACACCUGUGAACAUUCAGGACUCCAACUCAGACCUCACACCAAGGUCGCUACUUCUCGGCCUUAAAAAGAGCAGCCGUGUCGGUGUGCCCACAUAUCGACCCUCGACAGGGGUCAUCGAGGGUCAGGGUGAAGAGCAUCAGGACAGAGGCUUCUGCAUUCAGCCGCUGCUUCAAGGUUGCCCACAUUUGGCGGAGCUGGAGCUGAUCGGCGCGGGCUUUUCCUCUGCCAUGCCGCGGAAUGAGCCGGCCAUCCGCAAGGACCCCGUCGCAUGCCCCUGGUCCUACAAUGUCAGAGACAAUGAGUUAGCUGCGUUAGGAGGGAUGAAAAAUUUGCGCAAGCUCACCCUCGCUCACUUACCGGGAGUCCUGAAGGGGACAGGAUUGAUCGAGCUGCUGAAGGGGUGCGAGGACCUUCAUUCGUUAUCGCUGGCAAAUCUCGGAUCGUUAAAGACCAUGAGUUACACGCAGGCCCUGCUGGAGGCUCUUUCCCACUGCACACAACUCAGGGAUUUAAGGCUGGAGCAGCCCUACUUUAAUGCGAACGCCGCAUUUUUUGAAGAGCUCAGUCGGUGUCGGCAGCUGCGGCGUGUUUGUCUGGUUUCUCGACAUGGGACCUUCCAGCCCGCCGCUGUGACGGCCUUCAUGCAGAGCUGCACUGAUGUCAUCAUGUGCCACAUGUUCAUGGGAGGUACCCUGGUGGCAUGUAAAACACUGCAGAAAACCCUGCUGGAAAGUUUCUCAAUUUCUCGUCCAGCCCUUAGUGUGGUGAUUUACCCUUUACUGCACGAGGACCUGGCCCAUGUGAUCAGAGGUAUGCCACUUUGCCACCUGGACGAGAUCACACUUUUCAAAAGCCGCGUCGCUGAAGAGCCUGUGAAACGGCAACUGUGACUGAAGCAAUAUAAUAGAACAAAACUUGUGGGUAAUGCUUAUGCUAUUCCAUAGAAAAAAAAAAAAAACAUUUGUUUUGACUUGAGAGAUCAUUGAGCUAAGAGGACAAUCCCAGCUUUAAAGGAGGUCAUUAUUUUUCAUUAAAGAGUUGCUUUGAACAAACUCUUUAACAGGUCAUCUGAAAACCUUAAAAAUAAAGUAUUGAUAAAUACAUUUUCUGAAGUGCUGUGGAACUUGCAUCACAUUAUACAUUUUUUAAUCGAAACAUCCAAUUUAUGGUAAAUCACAUGAUACAUUUUUGCCUCAUCAUCAGUGUGUCAAGAGAGUUCAUUGAAUCAGGGGCUUUGCUUUUAUGCUCAUAAUAUUUGCACAAGUCUGAUUGUGUAGAAAAGGGAAGACUACGGGCUUUUCUUAGAAUUAAACAUAUUCUCUUACAAAAUCUUGGAAUAUCCUCUCAUGUCUUUUUUUUUUUUUUAAUUUCGGAGAACCAGGUCUCUGAACCGGUUCAAGAAAUGAAAACAAAUAUGGAAUCAAACUAAAGUUGAACAGGAACAUAAAGUAAAAUUACGUUUAAUUGUUAUGAACUAUUACCUGUAACUGGUUAAUAACAUAAUUUUAUAGGUCUGAUUAAUAUUUUAAUUUGGCUGUCAAACAAUUAUAAAUUAAUCCGAUAUGAGUGAUAUGCCCGUGCUCAGCUGGCAAGUCAUAUUUGCCCAAUGCCUCCAGUCUGCAACACAACACAACAUGCUAGAGCGACAUUUCGAGAAUUUUUGCUAAGGAAUAUCACCAACCUUUAAACUAUAUUAAUUCAGUCUUUCCAACAGGAAAUGUGUAAGUUUGAUCCCUGAACUUGAGCUUGACAAUUUUUGAGCUUUCAAAAGUGUGUCAUAUGAUGCAAAAUGCUUACAAACCUUUGCUGACAAUUAAACAUAAUCUGCAGGUAA